CGCUCUUACAUCCCGUGGGCUCCCAGCGUGACCUCCUGCAGGAGGAGUAGGUGAUCAGGGAGGUGUUUAGGACCCAGGGGAAUGCAAGCCACCGUGCGGGGCUUUGGUGCCCACGCCUCCUACCAAAAAUUGACAGCCCGGUGGAGCUGGGGCGCUCUCAUUCACAGUUUUCGCGAGAGAUCCGAGCCUGGAGCUGGCAGAGAGGGAGACUUCUCCCCCACCCAUCUCAGCGCAAGAGCACCUGCAGGAAAAAUACCCCCAGGCAAGGCUGCGUGGCACUGUGAAGUGAGUGAUGGAAUAAGCUACAUUUGUUUUUGGAUGGAUUACAGUACAUACGAACUGAAAGUUAUACCUCCUUGCAAGGAUAUGAAAAAGGCCCUAAAACAAUAUUUUUCAAACAGCUGGGCAGCAAAAAGCUUUUGAAUGGAUCAUACUUACAGCAGACCAUUAGUUGAAUGUGAUCAGCAUUUCUCCUGCUAAAUAAUCUGAAGUUAAAGAUCUGGAAAAGAGAUUUUUGCAGAGAUGACCCAUUUACAAACUGGACUUAGUCCAGAGACUAUAGAGAAAGCCCGUCUGGAACUGAAUGAAAACCCAGAUGUUUUGCAUCAGGAUAUCCAACAAGUCAGGGACAUGAUCAUCACCAGGCCUGACAUUGGGUUUUUACGUACGGAUGAUGCCUUCAUCUUGAGAUUUCUCCGAGCCAGAAAGUUUCACCAAACAGAUGCCUUCAGACUGCUGGCCCAGUACUUCCAGUACCGCCAGUUAAACCUGGAUAUGUUCAAGAACUUCAAGGCUGAUGAUCCUGGGAUCAAACGGGCUCUGACUGAUGGAUUCCCUGGAGUGCUGGAGAAACGUGAUCACUACGGCAGGAAGAUUCUUCUGCUUUUUGCAGCUAACUGGGAUCAGAGUAGGAACUCCUUCACAGAUAUUCUACGGGCUAUUCUGUUGUCUUUGGAAGUUCUCAUUGAAGAUCAAGAGCUUCAGAUAAAUGGCUUCAUUUUAAUUAUAGACUGGAGCAAUUUCUCCUUCAAGCAAGCCUCCAAGCUAACACCAUCCAUCCUCAAACUGGCCAUUGAAGGAUUACAGGACAGCUUUCCUGCUCGCUUUGGAGGAGUCCAUUUUGUCAACCAGCCCUGGUACAUCCAUGCCCUGUACACGCUAAUCAAACCAUUUCUCAAAGACAAGACAAGGAAAAGGAUCUUUCUCCAUGGCAACAAUCUGAACAGCCUUCACCAGCUAAUACACCCGGAAUGCCUGCCCUCUGAAUUUGGAGGUACGCUUCCUCCUUAUGACAUGGGAACUUGGGCCCGGACAUUACUUGGUCCUGACUACAGUGAUGAAAAUGAAUACACUCACACUUCCUACAACGCGAUGCAUGUGAAGCACUCAUCCUCCAACCUAGAGAGAGGGUGCUCACCGAAACACAUGACAAGGUCUCAGUCUGUGGUGGAAUCUGGCACGCUGAAACAUGAGGAACUGGGUGAGAGCGAGAACACCCAACUUCUACUGGCUCUAGACUGAGUUCUGCAUCGCCAACACAUACAAACGCAUUGCCAAAUUUCAACAGCACCAGAAACCUGCGAAGCACACAACAUGCUUUAAACACACUCUCUCUCUCUGUGUGUGCUUGAAAACAGGUCCUCCAUUUUUCCAGACCAACUAACGAUUGUCACCAGCCACCCGUCUGUGCAGCCAAAGCUAAACAAAGACAGAUUUCUUUUGGUUCAGGAUACUAACUAACAAAGUAAGGAGUCUAGUUGUAAAAAAUAUAUAUAUAUAUUCUUUUCUUUUUUCCUUUUUAGAUUUGCAGUGUGAAAAUGACUGAAAAGCGAAGGAUGAACUCCUUUGUACACAUAUAAACAAUGCACAGAUGGAAGUUUUUCUGAGUUGUUAUGCAGGGAUGCGCUUUAAUUUCUUAAAACAAAAGUUUAGAUUAAGUGCAUUUUAAAGCAGAGUAUCUUGAAGUUAACCUGUGCAUCUAAUUAUUAGGUUUAAUGUAGCUUGCAGACCUGAGAUAACAGCAUUGCCAAUACCCUUCAAUCCCUACCAAGGUUUUUUAAAAAAACAAAA